UUUUUAAAUUACAAUUAUAAAUGAGUAAAAAAUAUAAUUUUACUUAAUAACAAAUAUUGGGACUUAUAUUAUAAAUAUAAGUUUAAAUUUUAUUCUUGAAAAUUAUUACACUAACCGUUACUCUGAACAAUGAUCAAGAUGAUUUACAAGGGAUUCGUAUUAUUAAUCAUAAGCUCGACUGCAUUCACGGCCAGAGAUGACGUCCACGUAAUUGACAGCUAUAUUAGUCCCGAAAUAGAGGCCCACGUGAUCAAAAAAAUGAUGGACUUUGUCGACAAACCCACUAAUGAAUCGUUGGCUGAACUAAUGGUCAAGGAAUUGGACACAAAGUACCCUGAUCAUAUUGGGUGGAUCGGACAGUUUAUGGUGAACGCAACCGCAUCCCAGCUAUAUAUGUCAGUAGAGUUCGAGUCUUAUAUUAAGCUCCAAUAUCGUGAAUAUGUGCUGGGUAUAUACAGACCUAAACCAGUAACACUUAAGCAACUCCUGUUGCUAUCCGACUGA